AUGAUCAACGACAACAGAAACCCAGCAUUUUUCCAACAGCCAAACCAAAAUCAAUAUAAUAUCAUACUACCCAAUACUAAUUAGCCAGUUAUUGGUUAAAGAUAGGGAUAUCCUAUUUAGACCACAACCUAACCAAUUAUUUAACAGCCAUUGCAAUUCUAAUAAUAAUUUCCACUUCCACCACAAGUCAAUUAUGUACCCUAAAACAUAUAAUCCAAACCUAAUGUGUUGCCUACUGUCUACUAAGAGAAACCCACAUAAGUCAUAAAUAUGGAUGAAAUCGAGGCACCUUGGAGAUUAAAGUGUGCAACUUUAGAGAGACAGAUUUUGGAAUUGUAAAUUCAAUUGAGAAAAGGACCAGGCCCUACUGAACCAGAUGCUAUUGAGGUUAUUGAUGAUACUAGAUUAAGAGAAUUAGAAUCAAAGAAAGCUUAAUUGCAACAGAUGAUUUAGGAUAGAGAUAGAGAAAUUUCUGAAUUAGAGAAUCAAAUUCAUUAAUAAUAAGAAUCAAUUGAAAUAUAAAUCUAAGAACGAACAGUCCACUACUCAAAUGAAAUAGAAACUUGGUAGAAGAGGUUCUAAUAAUUAGAAAGAGAUUAUACAUAAUCAUAAAGAUAAUUAUAAGAUUUACAAGAAGAAUAAAAGAGAUUAGAGAAAUAAAAUUAAGAUGUUCGUACAUCCUAACAAAGAGUGGGGUAAAGUAGAAAUUAUUGAAUUAUCAUAUAUUGAUACAUAAAACAUAAGUAUAUUUAAAUAAAUCAAAUAUGACAA